AUGUCACGGAGUCACGUCACUCCGGCACAUACUGCUCAGCGCCGAAGCCAGCACGUACAGCAGCCACUUUCUUUGACCAUCUCCUCGAGAGCAUCCCUUGGGGGAAGUUUGUCUUGGUCUCUAAUCCUCUGCAUAUACCUGGUCUGGUUUGAAGACUUCAGCUGGUCCUCAGCUUUCUCGCUGAGCUGCCAGUUGUAUUCAAAAUGGUCUCUGUGAACGUAGAGUCCUCGGAAAUCGUCGGGGCGACUCUGCACAGGUCUCUUCCAUGGUACCUGCAUAUCUACACCAUACCCUUCCUUGCACUCUACCCGGUUCUGGCGUACGCGUUCUAUGUUAAGUAUGACGAAUGGAUUCAAAGCGAAGAAUGGACGUUCCUAGCCUGCGUCUCUCUCGGCGUCGGGCAUGCUCUGAGUUUCUUGAUUACGAAAUGGAAUACGGGUGCCCUAGCCAGGAUCACUACCAUUUCUGCAAAUUCACUCGAGCAAGCAGAUUGCAUUCGUCUCAUGCCAGCACCUCACCGUGGCUCUGGAGAGAUUGUACCUUUGGUCAAGAAGACUCCUUCGGACCCAAGUUCUUACACAUUCAACUAUCAACGGGACACCUAUGUUAUCAAAUCUACCUCACCGCCCACUUUCCAGGUCUUGCCGUACCCUUCGUCUUCUUCCCCUCCUUUGGCAAAAUACCGUGAGCCGAAAGGCUUGACUUCGGCUCAAACCGAGGAACUCACGCGUUUGUACGGCAAGAAUGAAUUUAACAUCCCGAUUCCAUCGUUCAGCGAAUUGUUCGGGGAACAUGCUACGGCGCCAUUCUUUGUCUUUCAAAUCUUCUGUGUCACCCUCUGGUGUCUGGAUGAGUACUGGUACUACAGUCUAUUCACGCUUUUUAUGUUGGUUGUCUUUGAAUGCACCGUCGUCUGGCAGCGUUUGAGAACGCUGACUGAGUUUCGCACGAUGUCUGUUGCACCGUAUACAGUGCACGUGAAGCGCGAUGGUAAAUGGGUUUCCGUUCUGUCAGACGACCUCCUCCCUGGAGAUGUCGUGUCCAUUGCUCGACAACCGACCGAGACUACCAUUCCCGCCGAUAUCCUCCUCGUCAAAGGUACAUGUAUCGUCAAUGAAGCUAUGCUUUCUGGCGAAUCGACACCCCUUCUAAAGGAAUCCAUCCAACUCUUGGAGCCUGACGAGAAGCUCGAUAUUGAUGGUGUACACAAGAACGCCGUUCUGUUCAGCGGUACAAAAGUGCUACAGGCGACCAAUGGCGGUGACACUCCUGACGGCGGAUGUUUCGGCGUCGUCGUUCGUACCGGCUUCGGAACUGCCCAGGGUCAACUCGUCCGGACAAUGAUCUUUAGCUCCGAGCGUGUAUCCGCCAACAACAUGGAAUCCUUCCUUUUCAUUGGGUUCUUGCUCAUCUUUGCCAUUGCUGCAAGUUGGUACGUCUGGGUGAAGGGUAUAGAGCGCGACUUGAAGAAAUCCAAGCUAUUACUUGACUGUAUCCUCAUCAUUACAAGUGUUGUGCCUCCGGAGUUGCCUAUGGAGUUGUCCCUUGCUGUCAAUGCCUCUUUGGUCGCAUUGUCAAAGUAUGCCAUCUUUUGUACUGAACCGUUCAGGAUUCCGUACGCUGGCCGCGUCGAUGUUUGUUGUUUCGACAAGACAGGCACUAUCACUGCUGAGAACCUGGUGUUGGAAGGUGUUGCAGGGGUUGAUGCCAAGGACCACAUGACACUUGUCAACGUCCUUGAGGUUGGUAGAGAAACGACACUUUGUCUUGCCGCUGCGCAUGCUCUCGUGCGUCUGGAUGACGGUGUCAUUGUUGGUGACCCGAUGGAGAAAACGACUCUCGACGCAUUGAGGUGGCAAUUGAAUCAUGGUGACAAUGUGACGCCUCAAGACAAGUCUGCCCCUCAUCGCACCCUCAUUCACAUUCGGCGUCGGUUCCAAUUCUCAUCCGCUUUGAAACGGAUGUCGACGAUUUCGUCUCUGGCUAAUGGUAAGGUGCUGGUUGCGGUCAAGGGCGCGCCUGAGACGAUCAGAGGCAUGUUGUCACACGUUCCCGAGUUCUACGACAAUGCGUACAAGCGUUACACGAAGCAGGGUAGUCGUGUUUUGGCGCUUGGAUUCAAGGAGAUGGACUCGAUGCCCGUCGACAAGAUCAACAAAAUCCCGAGAGAUCACGUUGAGUCAAAGCUCACUUUUGCCGGAUUCUUGGUGUUCCACUGUCCAUUGAAGGUCGACGCUAUCGAUACUAUCAAAAUGCUUGCUGAUUCGUCACAUCGUUGCGUUAUGAUCACUGGCGACAAUCCUCUUACUGCUGUUCAUGUCGCUCGGGAGGUUGAAAUUGUUGAUCGGGAGGUUUAUGUCCUCGAUGCUCGGGAGGGUUCGAACGCCACUCCAGCCCUUGUAUGGCGUAGCGCAGAGGAUGACAAGGAGAUCCCCAUUGAUAUCUCGCAACCUUUGAAUACCGCAUUGUUCGACAAGUUUGACAUCUGUGUCACUGGAGCUGCGCUAAAGCAUAUGGAGAACCAUCCAAGCUGGCACGAUCUGGUACAGAACACUUGGGUUUAUGCACGAGUUUCGCCUGCACAGAAGGAGUUUAUCCUUACGACGCUUAAGGCCCUCGGUUACGUUACCCUCAUGGCUGGCGACGGUACCAACGACGUCGGUGCUCUCAAACAAGCUCACGUCGGCGUCGCUCUUCUCGAUGGCACCCCUGAGGACCUGAAGAAGAUUGCGGAACAUCAGAAGAACGAGAGGAUCAAGAAGGUGUACGAGAGUCAAUUGAAGAUCUCUGCGCGCUUUGGACAGCCGCCUCCGCCUGUUCCUGCUGCUAUUGCCCAUCUCUAUCCUGACGUUGUAGAGGCUCAGAAGAAGGCUGCAACCGAUUUGCAGUCUGCCAAGAAAAAGAACCCUAUGGAGAAGUUCGACAUUGCAUCUAUCACGGACAAGCUGGCAGAAGUGGGUGAGGAGGAAGAUGUUCCGAAAAUCAAGUUGGGCGAUGCAUCGUGCGCUGCUCCUUUCACUUCGAAGCUCUCCAACGUGUCUGCCAUUACACAUAUCAUCAGACAAGGUCGCUGUACACUUGUGGCGACCAUCCAGAUGUACAAGAUCUUGGCUUUGAACUGUCUGAUUACUGCGUAUAGUUUGAGCGUGCAAUAUCUCGAUGGUGUCAAGUUUGGAGACUACCAGGUCACCAUCAGUGGCAUGUUGAUGUCCGUCUGCUUCCUGUGCAUUUCUAGGGCCAAGCCGGUAGAGAAACUGUCGAAGGAAAGACCUCUUGGCAAUAUCUUCAACUUCUAUGUGCUGUUAUCGGUUCUGCUGCAAUUCGCUAUCCAUAUUGUCUCACUGGUUUACAUUACCCAACUUUCUCAUCUAGAAGGGGCCAUAGAUUUAGAAGCAAAGUUUGAACCGAACCUGCUUAACACUGCCAUUUACCUCCUGGGGCUAUCUCAGCAAGUGUCUACCUUUGCAAUCAACUUCCAGGGGAGACCUUUCAGAGAAGGUAUCGGUGAAAACCCUGCUUUAUACUGGGGUUUGGUUGGUGCUAGUGCAGUGGCAUUCUCUGGUGCUACAGACUUUGUUCCAGAGCUGAACAGGUGGCUACAAAUUGUUGAGAUGAGCAGUCCAUACAAAUUUAGACUCACUGGUACGAUGUUAUUAGACUUGGCUGGCUGUUGGGUGGUUGAGGUAGUUUGCAAGCAUCUAUUUGCUGACCUCAAGCCAAAGAAGAUGGUCACUAAGGGAGAGGAAAGAAGAGAGAAUAGAAGACGGAUAGAGGCCUCCAAGUUGACUUAGCUUGGCUAUUUACCAUACUUCUAUUCAAUCUGUAUUAAUUAUAAUGCAUACCGUUGCCUGUAGAGCAGUCUUCUCAUGACAUGCUUCCAAUUGGUUUUGCGACUCAAGCCUAGAUUGCUUCAGUUUAGAUUGGCGUCAGAGGAAGUGCAAACAUAAACAAAUAUGAUUACCAUUUUGGG